AGUGGGCCAACCUGUUGAAUUUGUCCAGAAGGACCAGGGAGCAGGUUAACGUUGACCUGUGGGACUCCUUGAUAGCUGUGUAUUUUGUUAGUUGACUGGUUAUUGUAACUCACAACCUGUGUUCACCAGAUCACAGGGAUGGACAUCACUUCUAUUAAGAAGACUUUGGGCAGUCAGUAUAGGGUGGCAUUCUUUCUUGGCCAGGGUUCAUAUGGCAGUGUGAAAUUGGCCUGGCACCGGAGAACACAGGCCCUGGUUGCCAUCAAAACGGUAGAGAUCAGCAAGAAGACCAUCAGGUCAAUCCUGUCCGAAAUGACCACUUUGGAGUUACUGCACCAUCCAAAUAUAAUUUCCCUCUUCCAGAUUCUGGUUACAGCGAACCAGAUUCAUUUUAUUUUACAAUAUGCUCCAGGAGGCAACUUAGUAGAACUAAUAAGUGAGGAGGGCCCGCUGCCAGAAGAAAAGGCGAAGAAAAUGUUCGGACAGAUCGUAUCUGCCAUAAGACAUUGCCAUAGUCUGGACAUUGUCCAUGGCGACAUCAAGCCACAGAAUAUACUGAUAGAUGGAGAGGGCAAUGUUAAGCUGAUCGACUUUGGCCUGGCAGUCAAAUGCAGACCUGGUACAUUACUGAGUAGGCACUGUGGAACCAGGGGCUUUAAUGCCCCUGAACUGGUAUUACGGCAGCCAUAUGAUGGCAAGAGUUCUGAUGUGUGGAGUUUGGGCGUACUCCUAUACUUCAUCACCACUGGCUACUUUCCCUUCAGAGGAAACACCAUCGAUGAGAUUGAGCAAAAAAUUACAACGGGGACCUAUACCAUUCCACAUCACCUGUCUGGGCAACUCGAAAACCUGAUACAUCAAAUCUUCACGGUUUCCCCAGAAAUGAGGCCCUCUAUAGAGGAAAUUGAAAAUCACCCAUGGAUCAAGAAAUGUGAGUUUAAAAUCCUGCCCAAGACUGACCCAGAUUACAAAAUUAUAGAAAUGCUCUGUGCAAUGGGGUAUAAAGCCAAGGACAUCUUGGAAUCCCUCCAAAAGAAAAGAUACGAUGAACCAAUGGGGGCAUAUUUGAGCUUAAAAAAUCAUGUAAGCGAAGGGUAUGAUCUUGCAUCUAUCACUCCAACCAAGCCUGGGGAUCCGUGCCCUCCGCCACCCCCAUCACCAGCACAUCCCUCUGUCUUUGGCCUUCCUCUCAGGAGAAGGGCCAGUGAGCCCAACUUUGGCCUCCUCCACAGACAGCCCUCAAGGGAACAGAAUCCUCUUGACCUGAUUCUAUCAGGACUCAAUAUGGGCAGGUGUGUCUCCAUGCCUCCCAUUGCGGUAUACUAUCCUAAGAAGCAGAGAAGCACUUCUACCCGUGCCCUCCACUCAAGACCGGUGGCUUCCCCAUGUGUCUACAACAACAUGUUGGGAGUUGAAAUAAUCCUGCCACAUAAGCAGGACAUUGAGAUGAAUACGUCAUCUCCCCCUCAGACGAUGGGAUGGUUUAAGAGACUCCGCAAAGGAAUCAGAGACUGCUUUUCAAGACUUUGCUGCCUCCCUCGGGCUCCAAAGAAAAAACCCCAGCAUAGAUCCUCCAAGAGAGUGGCCCCCCUGAAAAAGGCAGCAAGCAGUACCAUAUAAAAGGCUUCCCUCCUGCAGAUAAUGGUGCAUUUGAGGCCAGGAUAGUCAUGGAUUCCGGAGUACAAGGACAGUGGCUCAUUGUUGCUAAGGAUCCCAACUCAAAUUAGCAACACUGGACUGAAAACACAAACUAAAAUCCUCCUACCUGAGCAAGGUAUGCAGGAAAAACUGAGACUGCUGUUUGCAGGGACAAGUAUCCAUAUGAAAUCUAUAGUGAUGAUCUAUGCCUGGCAGAGGAAAAAUGGUCAACUAUCUAAUGGGCCCCCUCAAAGUCUCCCUGCAUCUCAGAAGAACACCAAUGGCCAGAGCUCUGUGAUUCCUGUAUCACUGUGGAGCAUCUGCCAAGAAUGGACACCAUCAUCUGUAGACCAGGGAGAGACUGGUUCCCACACUUUAGUUCCGUACGCCCAAACAGUAAAACAACAUCCUAUCCCCUAAUGAAGUAUGUACAUAAUGAUAGAGGAUUCUCCACACAAACUUGAUUCACAAGAACAGGGCCUCUUUGGUAGCCACCCAAACCAUCUGAAAUCAGGCGAGAAGAUGUGAGAAGCCUUCGAUCCCUGUACCUCAAGACCAAAUAACACUCAUUCUGAUAGGAUACAUAAGCUGGUCCUCGUUUUCUUCAUUCUCCAAUUCCUUCUAUCUCCUAUCCGCAUGAAGACCUUUCCUUCCCAUGCUCUGAUCUGAAUCUUGUUCCGCAAUUCAUGGAACACAUAUGAAAGGUCGAUCUGAACCUCCAUGUCCUCAUUUGUCCGUAUGGACCUUCAGGAUGGACAGUCUCUGGAAGAUCCUGUGACAGCUGCAGGAUGGGCUGAGCAGCUGUGUUUGUCCAUAUCUACGGCAGAAGCACUUGAGCCAAUAGACUACCUAACAGUGCCAUCCUGCCCUUAACAAUGAAGUGAGGAUUCCCCUGUCUCCAUGUGAACCAACCUGCCUACCUCAACACUGUGCUAAUGUCGCUGCGGGAACACUAAGGACAUGAGGACUAUGAGAGUAGGAUGCUGGAUGCAAAAAAAAAAUUGAAUUCCCUUUUAAUACUGACUAAGAUGCUCAGGCCUCAAAGGAGGUGGACUGCAAGGGUGAGAGCUGAGUGUUCCUUCUGGAUAUGAAUCAACACCAGCACGCAGGAAUCCACCAGGUUUGGACGGACGAUGCAUCUGACCAGAAGAGGGGAGUAGUAAGUUUCUGGGGUGCACAGAAAGAUCCCUAACUCUGUGUAAUUACCCAGGAAAUGAAAUAGUCUUGUCUAUGUGGACAUCGGUCCACAUGAGAAAAAUAGUGUAUAUAUCCUGACCACUUAAAAGUCAUGCUUUUUCUGAGAGAACCUCUGAGCUCGAAAGACUGUGAAAUAGUAUGUCUGCCUGUACCAGAAUCUUUCCUGAGUAGAGAAUUUCAUCAGGAAGGAAGAGGCCCAGAGCAUGCACAUAUGUUGAACUCUUGAAGGGCACCCAGUUUGAAAGAGAACAUCAAAGGCCUGAAUCAGUGUGAAACAUGCUGUCUGCAAGUACUAGAACACUUCCUGAGAGCAAGGGACACUGCCAAACCACUAGAGGCCAAAAGUUAUGAUGGAUAAAGAGACAGGUGUUCUGGUGACCUGUAACCCCAUCAGGAGCCCCAAGGGUCACCUCCUGCUAAACCAAACAUAACCUUUAUCAGUGAAGGUCACUCCUGAGAAACCCUGUUGAGAAACCCUGCAGAGAGGAAAGCCAAGGAGGCCUCCUCCUUUCCAUUGUCAUUGUCUAUUAAGGGAGCUUGAACAGGUUAGCUCCUACAGACUUCUUAAACUGCCUGGAACACUCUGCUAAUUCUAUUUCCCAUACUCUUCAACUGAGUCAAGAGAAGAAAACAGAUAUUUGGAACCCUGAUCCAAUCAAAUUAAUAUUCUGGUGAUCAGAAGCCAAGACUGUACAGAGAUUUCUGAGGCCUCUCCAGGAAUUCUGUCCAAAAUCCAGCUCUGGAGGACUUCAGUGUGCGAGAAUGUACAGUACAUUGGAUGGACUCUGGGGUCUAAGGAAUGAAGUUUGUCCUCAUUAGGACAAAAAGAUACAAGAGGAACGCCCGAGUACAUAUAGAACACAGGGUGCCAUGAUGUGGAGCCUGAAGACAAGGGAGGCUGCUGAACACUCUAAUGCCUGUAUGAGUGAACUUGGACAUGAACAGUGUAGCUGGAUCUGUUUGCCUUCAGUUCAAGCUGCAAUGUUGUCACCAUCUCCUCUUUAAGCCCAUGUAUCCUUGACAAGGUUGUUCUGCCCUUCAAGCUCAUAUGAUGAUUGUGCAUGUAGGAGACCUAGCCUUCUGUCACCAAGGAAACAGAAAGCAGAGGAGGAAUGUGACCAUAGGAGGCUGCAGGCAAAAGUGAUGUGGGGCCACAACUGUACCUGGAAGCUACAGGGUACAAUCCCUGAGGCCCUGUUCAGACCUUCAUUCUAUUCUGGUGUCUUCCUAGUGACAGCCCUGCUAGCCAAUGACAACAACUUCUCCCUGACUCUUCCCCAGCCUUGCUUCCCAGUCCUAAGACUUGAAGAGCACAGAGGAUGGCCUCUGUAGGUCAGUCACUGGCUCUGGACCAUUGACCACUACCACUGCUUUUACUUGGGAUGGUGUUCAAAUUGUGGGAUGUCUGAGAAAGCUGGGUUCCACGUUUUUGCUAUGCAACCUGUUCCUCACGUCCUGGACUUUGCCUGCUCCAGUCCUCAGUUGCCAUUCAGUAAGCAUUGUGACGUGUAAGGCUCUCAGGAGAAGCCAGAUCCCAGUGGCAUUAGUGUGACAAACAAGCUGUGCCCAAGGAGCUGACACUCUGGCAGAGUCCAAGACAUCCAGGAAGACAGAGGUGGUGAGUGAAAUGCUGUUCUCCACGCAGAUCACAGACCCUGGGAGUGUUGGGUAUUACUACCUGCCAAAGGCCUGAAGUGUGCACUACUGUUGUGCUGGUGGUGGGAUUGUCAGAAGAUGAGGAGGCCAUCCUGAUAGAGACAGUGUAGGAAUCCCAGAAACAACAGGCCAUGUUGCUGCACGUGGCUAACCAUCGUUGAUUUUGCAUGUCAGUUUCUAAGCCGAUAUCACCAACUAUGACUCUGACAUCCAAUGAAGCAGUCGAGGGCCAUGAGGCUUUUCUGACUGAGGCAACACAGCCUGGAGCCCAAAUCCCGAGGCUGUGCACCAAAGUCCUUCCCUGUUUGUCACUGGUGAGCACAGUCUGACCUGAAAGUCUGGACCUGAUCUCUCAGUGAAGGCAAAACCGCUUGACCUCUGAUUUUGAACUGCUAUUGUAGCUAAUGCUGCUAUUGAUUUAAAAAUCUAGUUCAAUAUGUGAAAAAAUACACUCUUCAAUCUCCUGGAACAUUCUGUCUCAGAGAGGACCGUGUCUACACAUCAAAGGAAAGACCAGAUCCUGGUGCUUUCCCACAAGAAGUUGCUCAAUGUGGCUACCAGGCAGGCCAAAAAAAAGCCUCUGUCUGCAGACAGGAGGGCACCAACAAUGUGUCAAGCAACCUCAUCUGCAUCAUCACAAGCAUAUGUAGUGUGGAUAUCUGAUCAACAUGGUCUUUUGACAGUUGUGGAGCCCCUCCCACCAAUAAAGCUUUUGUAGGUGAAGAACCUGAAGGAUCUGAGGCUGUGCCAGUACAUGCUGGAGAAAUACUUGACUGGACUCGGGAGUAGGAGCCUAGGCAUUGGCCCACAGAUGUGCUGUUCUCCUUCUUUGGAUACCCGUCGCAACAACACAAUCUUCUCUGUCUACUGGAGUUGUCUUGGUUGUAGAUUUGGAGAUCCUCAAUCUCUCAGCUUAGUUCUCUAAUGUUAAGUCAUAUCGACUCUUAGCAUAGUACUUUAUUUGCCACUGUUCUUUCUACCUUUAUUUUGCCAGAAUUUUCUAUGGGUAAGUUAUUCCAUCUAUAACACUUUAUGAUGUGUAAGCCCACACGAAGGUACCCAGAGCCCAUAUACAAUGUGCUCUUAUUUACCUGUGAGAAGUCCAAGCCAGUAACCCCAAUCUUAACUCAGUGGUGAGAAGGAACUUAAAACUCAGAACAGGACUUGUUUUCAUUCCUUUCUUGUUAGUAUCAUUCACAACUUCUGUAGAAGUUGGGAGUCCAGAAAGCAAAGGGCGGGAUUUUCUCACAUGAUCUUGACCCAUGUUGGGUUUUCUGUCUUCCAUCUCCACCUUUAACAUUUAAUAUACCACAUCUCUCCAAAGGUCAUGCCUAUUCUAGUGUGCUGCACUCAGUGAAGAAGUUGGAGUAAGUGUCAAAAGAGUGAAGGCCAAGCUCUAACUGUGACAGAGAGUUUGAGAUGGAUAAAUGAUGCUUUGAAAAACACGUGACUUUUCGCUGGGACCUCCAUCUCCUGUAAAUAAGCAACAACCUGUUCAAGGAUCAAUGUGCCUCUGAGAUGAGGACAACAAGGUAGAAGGGAGUCCACAGAAGGAAACGGGUCUGAGGUCUAACACCAUAACGCUUCCAAUUCUGUCUUCUAGGCAUCACUAAGAAAUCUAUAUAGUCCUACCUCCCAGAAGAUGAGUGAAGGUGUUACAGUUAGGAUGACUGUUGACAUGAGGCUCUCAGAGGUUCACCACAAAUCGGAAGGACAAGAUUGAGAUUGCCAUUCUUAUGGUCUUUCCAUAGUCUCCCCUUGCAAUUAGAAUUGACCAUCACUGUGGAUCUCAUCUAUUAGAUGAAGGAUGUCUAGAAAGCCUCUGGACAGGCAGCAUGGCAGAAAUCAACUCUUUCCAAAAAAUAAAAAAGGCUGCUGCUGACACAGUGGAUAGAGCACACACAAGCUCCCUGUCUGACACCUUCAGCUCUUGCAUAUCCCCUUGGCUAACAUUUCAGAGCUUCUGAUUCUUCAGACAUCAGCUUCUUGAUACUGAAGAGAUUGUUCUACCUGAUGAGCCCAGGCCUAGAAGAUGGACUACAUCCAAGAAGCCUGGCCAAUCUAAGGCCAAGUCACAUCUUUAAGUAAUAUUUGAAAGCAUUUGUGCACAGGAUAAAGGUGCAAGGACCAAAGUCUCCUUAGACAUUCCAGCCUACAAAGGGUCUGACAGACUCAGGUCAAAGGUUACGUCUGAAGCCUAGAUCAUGAAGAAGGCCCCACUCCACAGGAGAAGCCUGUGGCUGAUACUAUUGCAACUAGGACUAUGAUUGUGAAACUUGUGUCUGUGGAUAGCAGAUUCACGAAUCUUGUGCCCAGGUAUCCACAGGCCUUUUUUCAUACAUUCCUUGGUAUAACUUUGCAAGUCCUGACUUUGGAAGUGUUGGGUCCUUAUGCUAUCUCACUUGACAUAUAGUCCAAGAAAGAUUUUUACCCCUUUAAGGGGCUGGAAAUAGACUGGACUCACAGUUACCAUUAAAACUGAAGUUCUGUC